GUGUCUCGAGCUACGUUGGAAAAUUGCAAGUUUUAUCUAAAUCAACUGCAGAAUACUUCAUUCGCCAGAUCUUAUCUGAGAGGAACAAUCUGGUCAUUCGAACAAGUAGAGCACGCAUGGCCAGUAAUUCAUGUAGAUUAUUCUGAUACUAAUUUGACUGAUUCAAGAUUUGAAAAAACAUCUUUUACAGUGAAUGUUCGAUUCGAUCAAGCCGAUCUCGACCGAAGUGAAUUCCUCGACCUGAAGUUCUCAUCUAAUUAUCAAUUCCGAAAUGUCAGCUUGAGAAGAGUUCGAUUCGUCCAGGUCAUGUUCGAUGGCGUGGAAUUUCUUCCAAUCAAUCUCAGUGAAUCGUAUUUUGACAACUGUCAUUUCCGACAUGUUCGCUUUGACUAUGUUGAUUUACAAAAAAACAGAGUUCAAUUCCAUAUCAAGUUCCGGCAAGAUUGAAUUCAAUCGCGUCAAUUUAAUCGGAUCAAAUAUAAAUGCAUCGUAUCAGGCUUAUUUGAAUAUAUUCAAUUCGCUCUUACCAAAUGGAACAUUCAUUUCAUCGCUCCGCUCAUUGGGAGUGAAUUUGAUUCAGAACGGUGGCGCUGAAGAAGGGCAAUGCUAUGCUAAUACACAUGAAAACUUAACUGGAGGAAUGAUUCCUCUUGGUUGGCAACGAGAUGGUGAUGCGUUUCAAGUUCUUUACAACGGUAGUGAUUGGAAAAUUGAUGAAAUGAACAAAGAGUGGGAGUCUUGCUUGUUCUAUGCUACUGCUCCACGUAGACAUAGAAAAGUUGUACUGCUACAAGUAAUUGAUGUGACUGAACUGGUCAUGCUAAUUGAUACACGGCGAGCUCGAUUUCAAGUUAGUGGAUAUUUAGGUGGCUUUGACGAUGAAAGGACUCAGACAACAAUGACAGUCAUCUUUCGAAAGAGAGAAAAUCGCAAUGAAACAUUAAUAGUUGGUAGGUAUUAUUCAUGGAAGAAUUUUUGCAAAUCAAUCAGCAGUUCUCUAUUAAUUUACGUGUUUAUUUAGGUAAAGUGUCAAAUAUUGAUCGUCGAAAUAAAACUACUCUAUUAUUUCGCGAUCAAACUAAUGUGAUACCGACUGGAACGACAUCGAUCAUUUUCCAACUGAUUUUCGAUCGAGUACAAAGCGCAAAUACAGUAAGAUUGGGCAUAGCAGAUCAAUUGAUGUUCAUUAUCAAACAAAGAUGAAUAAAUGUAAGACAUUUGGCUUGCUUUAUUUUCGUAGGCUGUACAUAAAUGUGUUAUUAGCCCAAACAAAGAGAACAUCAUGAAAAGUUUUACUUUCUCAAGUAGCAUUUCAAUCACGGUAUAAGAUCAAAAUGGUAUUCAAGCUCGAAUGUCUGCAAUUGCUAGCUUCUUGUAGUGUGCUUCUCAUAUGACAAAAAGAAAUGUCUUUAUCUAUUUUUCGGUAUUUUCGAUAUCUCUGUAAAUUUGUUACGGAUAAUGAUUCGAAUAUAUCUCGGUAAUUGCAACUCAAGAGUCAAUACCGAUGCAAUAUCGUAAUUAUGACGAGGUGAAAAAAAAAGAAAUUCGAUAAUAGCGCUCUAUUGUUGUGAGUAAGAAAUCAAUAUGACGAAUCGAUCCGUACGAGUACAAUUAUUGUAGAUAUUCCAUCAUCCUUAAUCGUAUCAAAUUGAGAAUGAGUCAAUUGGACUUAACUUUCAUCAUUACCCUCAAGAUAGAUUUCGAGCUCAAUAGAAAUGGCUCUAGUUAUACGCAAAAUAUCAUUCUUGUAAAUGAUCCAGCAAACAUUUGUUAUUUAUGAAAAUAUCGCUCAACUAUGAUAAUCUAUUGACUGAAAUUCAAAUCCUUGGCAGCAUCUUCUUUCAUUUGCCUUUUUGCUUUUUUAUCUCGUCACAACUAUCUGCUAUUUGUUCACAUAUAUCAUAUCCAAUCACGUUUGAUUGUUCAAACAUUUUUCUGCAUCACGACUUCUACAUCAAUUUUCUUACACAGUGUGGCAUCCAGAAGGUGGGUGAAGGCGAGUGAGUUUACUACGAUAGAUUCAACCCACCAUACGACGCAUUGCACCAAAAAGUGGAUGAGUUGCGACACAUCUAGAAUAAUAGAGAAAUAGUCGAUUUUGAUUGUGGAGAUGAAACCGUCUGCGAAGAAGGGGGUAGAUCUCUGUGUGCUGCGGUUUGAAAGGAGAUGGAAUAGUGGGGAUUGGUGAUUCUUUUAGAGGCUUUACAUGGGUAAUCAAAUAUUUUAGAUGAUACGGGAUGUUUAUUUUUGUAACUAUGUAAGUUUACAAGUGAAUUGUUAGAUGUGUUGUGCAGAGAAAAGUUUUUACGGAUGUGGGUGUGGGUGUAUCUAUUGUUGUGAUUCACAGCCACACCCGUUCUGUAUUAUUGCUAUAGAACAAAGCUGUUCAAUAACUCUUAAAUAUCACCUUUCAAAAAACAAUAGAAAACAAUUGGAAGAGAAACCGACAUAUAUAUUAUCUUUAGAUUGUAAUGAGUUAAUAGUAAUAAAUAAUAUAAUACAAUACCACUAAGAACUACGUUGGUUAUCUUCAUCAUUUCUAUAUGAUAAUGAUCGAAAUAAAUGUAAUAGAAUUUUUACUAUACAAUAUAAAAGAAUGAUAAUAAUGAUAAUAAUAAUAUUAUUAACCGAAAUUUAUCAUCAACAACUGAUACUUUUAUUAUGAUUGUUGCUGUUCAUUUAACAUUUAUAACCGAUAAUUUCAUUAAUAAAAAAAUCCUUUUCUACGAUUAAUCUGUAGAUAUAAAUUGGAAAGCAAAUUGUUGUUUUCUAGUAAUUUUCUUUAUACAUAAUGUGAUAAAAUUGAAUUUGAUUUUGGUUUUAUUCUUCAAGAAAUCCUAUGAACGACGUAUCAAUAUUAGCAAAAAGAAAACACUUUUACCUACAAUUUCUAGAAUUCUAUUUUUAAUAAAUGCUGUCAUUGCUGUUUAUGAGCUAACUUUUUAUUUUGAAUUAUAGUUAAUGAAAACUAUAUGAUUUUAUGACAGUACAAAUUGUAUUUGUAUUUGCGCAUCUCUAAUUGAUUCAUAUAAUAAUUAAAUUCUUGUACAUCGAAGUGAGUAGAUAUUAACUGAUCAAUAUUCGAAUUAAUAUUUCUGAUCGUUUCUCAAAUUGAUUAAAUGACUAAUUUCAAUGACUGAUGCUAGAUUACAUUUACUGUAGUAAUUAAUAACGAAAACUUUCAAGUUAUCGAGUCAAUGUUUACGACUAGGCAAGAAAUACGUAACGAUCUACCUGUUGAUGAUACUCAAGCAGAGAAGCAUAUCUGAAAAACGCGUUUUAAUGCUCUAAUCGUGGUUCUAGUUUGAGCAUUUUCACGCCCAUUCAGAGAAACGCCAAAACUAGCCACUUUCACAAUGUAAGUUACAUGAAGACGCUUACCAAGACCACUUUUACAUUUGGACAACGUCCGAAAAGUUUUUUCCAGAAUAUUUUUCAGAUGCAAAAGUUGCCUUUUUAAGGAUCUUUAUACCAAUUUUAUUGUGAAAGUGUCUGGCUUUGGAGUUUCUCCCAAUGGACGUGAAAACACUCAAAUGAGAACUGCGAUUAGAAUCUUUAAAAGCAUUUUCAGAAAUUCUUGUCAAUUUAAAGUAUAGGGAUAAGUUUUUAUCUAAAAUUUUGAAAUAAGUUAAUAAGAAAGAAGGAAGGUCAUUGAUACAAAUGUGAUAAUAUACAAUAUGAAAUAUCUGUUAGUAUUUGUUCCUGUGAUAUAAAAGUAUCAAUUGAUAAAUUAAAAGGUGAAUAUAAUAUAAGUAUAAAUAAUCGUGUAUGGCUUCGUUCAUCAUAUACAGAUUUAUAUAGUAAUAAUAAAUGGUAUACAUCUAAAGAUGGAUCACUUUCUUUAAUUGAUAUUUGUUUUAAAGAAGGAAAUGAUUCAAUAUUAGGAAUAUGGAAUCAAACUGAAUUAAUUUAUAAUUUUAAUUUAAAUGGACAAUAA